AGUUGAUAUCUUUUGAUGACCGUGACCCAGUCUUUUCUCGGGGCUGCCUGGCGUGGCGUUGGAUGCUUGAUGCAUGAGAUCUUCCCAAGACGACGACGACUUCCACAUCCAAAGCAGCAACAGGGUAUCCCAAUCUUUUGGCUCCUCUGUUUCUUCUCUUGUUGUAGUUGACUAUUCUUGAUAACAGAUAACAACAAUCACCAUGUCCUCCUUUAGCGACGAAGAAUUGGCAGAAUUCAAAGAAGUGUUUGGCUUUUUUGCGGACAAGGCGACGGAGAAGAUGCAAACCGACGACUUGGCGACACUGAUGCGGGGAUUGGGCAAGAAUCCGCUGGAGAGUGAGAUUGAGCAGAUGAAGGGUGAGUGCUCGGACACACUUGACUUUGCUACCUUUCUGACAUGCAUGGAGAAGCCACUCAAGGAAAAGUCUCAGUGGAAGGAACAAGAUAUUCUCGAAUCCUUUGAGUGUUUCGAUGCCGAGGGCACCGGAACCAUUGCUACCACUGAACUGCGCAAUAUCCUGUGCGACUUGGGAGAAGCCUUCACUUCCGCCGAGUUUGACAUGUUCAUUUCAGAAGCGGAUGAUGGCAGUGGAAAGGUCGAUUACAAGACGUUUGUUCACAACCUCAGUUCCAAGAAGAAGGAUAAGGGUGAUGAUUAAACACCUCGAUGUUCCGACAUAUUGUACGGUACAGUACUAGUACCAGCUCUUGAUGUGGUUAUUAAUAGUCAAUUACUUUCGUAAUUGGUAGAGGAGGAUAGGUCCUAGGUGGAGGAACCGUGUUAGUGUGCAGACAGUCAAUUUUAUAUUUUUAAAACAAUAAGCAAUCAACAACAAUACAAGCACCUCAGAAUCGAAUCAGCUAGCUCAUCUAUCUAGGUUUUUGGAUCGAUACAGUAAUAGUAGUUAUUGGCACAAAUAUGAGUGGUGAUUUAGCAAGCAGCUCUUUGGUUAGCUGUUGCAUGUCAGU